AUGAAGCCAAUGUCCCUAUCAAUAGUAGAAAUUGCCACGAGCACAGAAGGAAAAGUCAAGUAUAGAAUUCCCCGCUACUGUUCUAGCUGUUCUGUUGUUGGACUAAGAGCUGUUAUCGCCUUUCGAGUUGCAUAUAGUAGAGAUGCAGUCAAUCCGCAUAUAUAUCUGGUCAAUUUUAUCGAACCUUCUCUAUCCACUGGUACUCCUACUUCAGAUGGCCCGCUUUCUGCACCUAUUUCAUUGCCUUCUUCGAUGCGGUUUCACCUUCCGUUGUUGAUUCCUCUAGUCUUUAUUAAUACGUGUUCUAUUACCGUGGUGGAUCACUCCCAGCAAUCCCCCACUCCCUUAAGGAAGGCUAUAAAGGAAAGAGCUAUUGGCCCUUUCGUUGUGCCUAUCUUAUUUAGAUGCUUCACCUUAUGCCUUUUCUUCUUUGUGGCUGAGAAAAUGCGUUCUUUGCAGGGGCCAGAGGAGAUUUAUCUGGGGAAUGCAUCGGGCUGGAGAGGAAACCCAAUGGACAUAAGACCAGUCAUAAAAAAAAGUAACAAGAAAAGCAACCAUACAGGUCUUUGA